AUGAAGAACUAUUUGGCUUCUCUGGUGCUCGCCGUGUGUCUGCUCACCGGCCCUGUCGCCAGUCAAACGGUAUCUAUCAAUAUUGGGGGAACUAUUAUCACUUUAGCGUCGUCCGAUCUAGCGACGAUAUUAGCCAUUGUAGCUUCGUUGCAAGGAACAACAACAACUGUUGCUGUUACCACAACAACCGCUGCAACUACAACUAUAGCUACAACAGCCGCAACUACAACCGCAGCAACAACCGCAGCAACUACAACUGCAGCUACAACAGCAGCGACUACAACCGCAGCUACAACAGCUGCAACUACCGCGGCUACUACUGCAACUGCCGCUACAACAGCUGCAACUACUGCUGCUACGACAGCUGCUACUACGACAGCAGCUACUACUGCUGCCACAACUGCUGCUACUACUGCGGCCACAACAACCACAGCAGCAGCUACUACUGCCGCGACGACCGCAGCCACAACUGCUGCUACGACAGCAGCCACAACAACCACCACAACUGCAGCUACUACUGCAGCCACAACAACCACAGCAGCAGCAACUACUGCCGCGACGACCGCAGCCACAACAACCACAGUAGCAGCAACUACAGCUGCACCGACUACGACCACUGUUGCUGCUACCACAACUACAACCAGUGCUCCGACUACCACUACCGUUGCUACAACGACUACAACGGCGCCAAGUGUCACUGUUACACUUAAUGUUAAUGGAAAUGCCAUUACUAUUGUGGGAUCUAGUUCCGCUCUAGUGAAUUUAAUAACACAAAUUUUGGCUAGUUUGACCAGUACAACGACUACUGUUGCACCGACUACCACUACUACUACGGUUGCACCGACUACUACUACAACUACGGUUGCGCCGACCACCACCACCACUACGGUCGCACCGACUACGACGACGACUACGGUUGCACCGACUACCACUACGGUUGCACCGACUACCACAACGGUCGCACCGACUACCACUACAACGGCUACAACGACUACUGUUGCACCGACUACUACUACAACUACGGCUGCACCGACUACUACGACGACUACUGUUGCUCCGACUACCACCACCACAAAGGUCGCGACUACUACGACUACCACUAUUGCUCCUAAAACUACGACACGCGCUUGUGGUGCUGGUCUAGGAAUUGGAGGUGGAAUCAACAUUGGAGGACUUGGAGGAAUUGGUGGAAGCAUUGGUAUUGGAGCAGGACUUGGUGGUAUCGGGCUCGGAGCAGGUCUUAACGUAGGAGCUGGUUUGGGAGGAAUUGGCGCUGGAUUUGGGGCAGGUAUUAAUCUUGGUAGCAAAAUCGGAACCGUUGGUACAGGACUCAACGUAGGCACGGGACUCAACGUAGGCACGGGACUCAAUGUAGGCACGGGACUCAACGUAGGCACGGGACUCAAUAUUGGUACUGGUAUACGUCCUAUUGGAUCAUUGCUGGGCACAGGAUUGAACUUAGCCGGUAAUGUGAUUAAUACGGCUGGUAAUGUGGCCGGUACAGCGAUUAAUACAGCUGGUAAUUUAGCUGGUACUGCUAUCAAUACAGCUGGUAAUUUGGCUGGCACUGCGCUAAACACGGCUGGUACUGCUGUUCGAGGAGUAGUCGGGGCCGCUACCAAUGUGCUCGGUGCGGCCACAAACGUGGUUGGUAAUGUAGCUGGCGGACUUUUGGGAGGGUUAACCAACGGUCUUCAGGCUGCUUCCAAUGUAGGCACCAAGCUGAAUGUCGGUGGAAGUGUGUCCGCCAGUGGUGGACUCCUGGGAGGCCUUUCCGGCGGACUUACAGGACGUCUUGGGUUCGGAUUUGCUGGAUAA